UUACCCCUGGCGGCAGCGUCAACCAAAUUCCUUCUUUCUCAAAAGACUUCGAUACGAAGAAUCGCGAAGAAGCAUAGUAACGUUCUUCCAAAUUAAGCUCAGCGGAAAAACCCUAAUCGUCAGGAUCGCUGCGAGUUACAGAGUUUGAUUCUUCCAAUUUCAGUUUCACUUCACGUUUCUCUGUUAUUUAACAUCCAUCUCGAGGUUUUGAGGUUUUCUUGAUCAAUGGCGACUGAAUCUGCCUCCGAAGUUUCUGCUAGUCCCGUGGGAUCAUACAUCGGGAGCACGAUAAGUUUGAUUACGAAAUGUGAGAUUCGUUACGAAGGCAUUCUCUACCACCUCAACAUUCAAGAGUCUACCAUCGGCUUGGCGAAUGUUAGAUCUUAUGGGACAGAAGGACGAAAGAUCGAUGGUCCACAGAUCCUUCCGAAUGAUGAGGUGUAUGAGUAUAUUCUGUUUCGAGGCAGUGACAUCAAGGAUCUGCAACUCAAGUCCCCCUCAUUUGCUGAAAUGGACAAGCAGAUUCAUGAUGGCUCUGUGAUCCAGUCGAAGCAUGCUGGGGUCUCAACCUCACCACUCUAUCCUUCAGUUGGAUGUGAAACAUCGACGGUCUCAAAUCAGAGCCAGGAUUCUCUGGCUUUUAAUAAUGGACAGUAUCCAAGCAAGUUGUCUUCACAUCAAUCUGUUGCUGCAGUGAUGACAUCAACUUCUUCCUUUCCUUCAGUCUGGCAAGAAAUUGGAAAUAACAAAGCUCAGAUUACGGGUAAACCUAUAUUCCACCCAACAUCAAUUCUUUCCAGGCAGUCUGUUCUGAAGACUGCACCUUCUAUUUCGGGUUCGGGUCCAUUGCCUACAUUGCCUGCACCUUCAUUAACUCCUUAUCAAUUAUCACAGUCUGGGGCAGAAGUACUUUCCUCCACAAAGAAACUGUGUGUUGAUGCAAGGAACUUGGGUGCUUCUACACAUAUUGCUUCUAAUUCUUCGAUAUCAAUUGCUGCGGUUGAACAUCAAACACCCUCGUUUCCAUCUCUGAGAGAGAUGCCUGCUCAACAGUUCACAGAAGAAUUUGAUUUUCAAGCCAUGAACGAGAAGUUCAAGAAGGACGAGGAAGAGAGACAUUGGGCGAUACCUAGAGCUAAGCCUGCAUAUAACAAGGAUGAAUUCUUCGAUACAAUUUCCUGCAAUUCUCUUGAACGUGGAUCAAGGAAUGGACACAGCCGUUUCUCUAGGCCAAUGAAAUUUGGCUCCGAGACAAGCGGAGGCCUUCCACAUAUGGGCGGCAAUGUUGGCUAUGGCGUUAGACGCGGUGAGAAUUUCUGGGGCUCAAAUAACUUGGGACAGGGAUACAAUUAAUGGUGGUAGAGGGCUUGAAGGGAGCAUGCCAUUCUGAAUUCUUAGCCUCUUGUUUGUGUGGCCCUACUGCUAUUGAAUUGACACAUGCACACAUCUCCUUGUAAUUAUUUCCAUCACCACCUUCACCUGGUGCACUUUGGGUUGGGUAGACUUUUGUAACUUAUAUAUUUGAUGCAUGCAUGAUUUUCAUGUAUAUUUAUGGAAAAAAAAAAAAAAAAUCUGCUUGUGUGGUUUAUUCAUGAAUGUUUUUUAUAAUCAUUUUGUUAAAAAAAAAUUAAGCUUAUAAAUACUACUUCCUCCGAAUGCUUUUAAAACUGUGACCAAAUCAGGGGGCUAAAUAUGUCGCGCAAUAGAUAUGGUAUGAUAUUGAUACCAUUUCAAUUUUGAGAUGGAGAUUAUGAACAAUUGGGGGGAUUUUCUUUAUUGAUGAUCGAAUAAAUACAGGAAAAAAAAAAAAGGAAAAAUAUUUGGGUGAUGUAUAUUAACUUCUCGUGGUUAUCUAAUUUGUGAAUGUAUUUGAGUGGGCCCUUUAGGGUGGCUCUUCCUUCCAAUGGCGGCGGAGAAUAUGGUGGAGGCCCCAUUAAUGAGAACCAAUAGGGCCGCGCCAACAAAUAUUCGGUCUUUCACCACAUAGCAUUCUCCUUCCACCCACCCCUUCCCAUACUCUUGUCCGCUGCUCAUGCUGAUUGCUCCACUCAUCAUUACCACCGCAAUUCCGAAGCUGGCCCUG